AUGAGUGCCCGUCAAAUAAAGAGGCUACAAGCAUUACAGGAAGAGCGCGAAAAGGAGAGUGUUGCUUCACUGGAAAUUGAUGCAGAAUCAGAUGAGGAAGAAGACCAACAAGUCAAUGCCAAACCCAAAGUGAACUUAUUUGCCUUGUUGGGUGAUGAAGAAGAAGAUGAUGAUGAUGAUGAUGAAGAUAGCGAUAAAGCAGAAGCAGAAGCAGAAGCAGAAAAAAUUCCUGAACCAGAAAUAGAAGAAGAAUCGGUAGAAACGUCAGAAAUCAAACAGCCUUUGGAAGUGAAAGAAACACUAACUCCGGUGGUCGAUAGUGAAACAGAAGAUGUAUUUGAAGAUGCCAAGGAGGAGCAACCAAAACCAAAGAAGAAAAAUAAAAAGAAGAAGAAGAAGUCAAAGAAGAAGAAGAAUUCCCUGGAUACUGCUAAAUUGGUUACUCUAGAAGAUGCUGAUGAUGAUGACGAGUUUGAAACAUUUGGGAUUAAAGCCCUGAUUACCAACAAAGCGACAACUGCCGAAAUAAUUGACCCAACUUUUUCCAAUUUUUCUCUCAAUGAUUUCAAAGACUCGCUUUCCUAUUUGGAAUUCAACGUCCGUGAUUUGGACCCAGAUAAUGAAUAUAAGCAACUUUUCGGUCACAUUUCCGCAAAAGUUUUAAAUGAAGCGGACUCCACAACAUCCAGCUUUGUCAGUCCUGAAAUGUUGAACCAGAUUAAAACGCUUUCAAAAAGAAUUCCUGGAUGGGGUGGAAGAGACCGCAGGGGAAUUCCAGGAAGUACUCGUAAACUCACGUUGACCAAGAUCAGAGAUGAUUGGAUCCCCACCCGUCAAAAGAAUAUCACCAUGAAAGAAUUAAGUACCAAUGAAGUCAUUAGUUUCAAUACUUUGAAAAAUGAAUCAGAAUAUGUCGAUCUCCAGUUCUUGCGUGAAGAAUGCUUUGCAGAAUUCAAUACGGGUAUUCGUUAUUUCAAUUUUGUAAAUAAUAUCAACGAAACCCUCGUGAAUAGUCAAUUCCUUUUAUCGGUGGUGAUCCGUCCGGAUCAUGAGUUCCUCAUAAAGCUUAUCCAGCAACACCCAUACCAUGUGGAAUCCAUCCUUCAAGUAUCGAACAUCUUGGUUCGUCAAGGCGAUCGUUCCAAUAAUAGUGGGUUGGUGGAACGGGCUUUGUUUGUGUUCGAUAGAGCACUUAAGGCAAACUUCAAUCUUGGCUCUGGUCUUUGCCGUUUACCAUUUGAAGGGUUUUUAAACCGUCAAUUUUACCUUGCGAUAUUCAAGUAUAUUGCAGUAUUGACGCAAAAGGGUACUUUCGCCACCAGUCUUGCAUUCACAAAAUUGUUAUGGUCUUUUGCCCCUGCUGAAGACCCGUAUGGCGUUCGUUAUUUUAUUGAUUUCUACUGUGUCAUGUCAGGAAACUAUCAAUACCUUAUUGGCUUGUGCUCUAGUCCAUUAAUCACUCGCUAUAGAUCGUGGCUCACCCCUGGGCUUGCCUACUCUUUGGGGCUUGCGUAUCGGAAACUAGGAAAACUUGAAGAAGCUCAAGACGCUGUGGCUAAAGCAUUUGCUAUGUAUCCAUACCUUGCUUUGGAACUCUUGGAAACCGUUUGCAAACAACCACUUUCCACGCUAAAUGCGGUACCUACUGCUUUGAUUAAUGAGAUUUACAGAACCCACGUCUCUGACGCCAUAAAACUUGCUAACCAAACCUAUUUGGUCCGGGCACCAGGGAUGUGGAAGUCUCGUGAAGACAUUGACUUCUUAGGAACUGAGCUUUUGAAACAUAUAACAAACCAGGAUUCAGUAUCAAAGCUCCAAGGUAUCAAAGAUUUACAGAGCAGUGGAUACGAGAGCAUCCCAAGAAACUUGCUUCGAUACGCAAUUUUGUCAGGGGAAAAUGGAUUAAUGGCCAAAAUUCCUGCUGCUUUUUGGAACGACACUCUGGUGUAUGAGUAUGAUGCCUUACCACCACAAAAUAAGGCGGCAGAAACGUUUGAGUCAAUGAUCGAUGAUAAUUUCAUUUCCGAGGCGUUGUUGCAAGAAUCUCAACAGGAUAUGAUUGAUCGAUUAGAAGCUAUGGGCAUUGAAGGGGAAAAUAAUUGA